AUGAACGAUCUGGUGGCGAAUGCUUGCAAACAACUUCAAAACGACACAUUGUUACAGUUCGGGUACAAUGCUAUUGGUUUCUCGCAAGGAGCGCAAUUCUUACGAGCUGUGGCGCAAAGAUGUCCCAAUCCACCGAUGAAGAACUUCAUAUCAGUCGGUGGACAACAUCAGGGAGUAUUUGGUCUUCCUUAUUGCCCUGGAGACACAACACUUUGCAAUAUGAUUCGGAGGCUACUCGACUUCGGCGCUUAUAAUUAUUAUGUUCAACAUCAAGUGGUACAGGCUCAAUAUUGGCACGAUCCUUUACAUGAGGACGAAUACAAGAACAAAAGCAUCUUCCUCGGGGAUAUAAACAAUGAGCAGAAGAUCAAUGCUGAUUACAAAAAGAAUUUGUUGAGUCUCAAGAACAUCUUGCUUAUCAAAUUCACAAAGGAUCAUAUGGUCGUGCCAAAGGAGUCCUCGUGGUUCGGAUAUUUCAAAGAGGGCGAUAUAGAGACGAUAGUGCCGAUGAACGAAACUACAUUAUACACAGAGGACCGAAUCGGCUUGAAAAAACUACAAGAAACGGGUCGAUUGCAUUUUCUCGAAGUAGAGGGCGAUCAUUUGAGGAUCAGCACUGAAGAGUUUAAAAAGGAAGUAAUUGACAAGUAUUUGAAAUGA